AAUAUAGUAUAUGACCCUCACUCAAAUCGCUGAGUGACGAUCUCUCCUUUCAAUGAAUGACAUUUUUAGAUGGUCCGACGCAAGUGACUUCACGAGUGAAUCACACCAAUGCCAGAUGUCAAGGAAAAGUUGGAGAGUGAUAACCAGCAGAAUGAAAGGCUCUCUGAGAAACAGUCUGCUUACAAUGAGCCUCAAUCAGAAGCUGAGUGCACCACAGAGGAAGACGAAGCACUCAUUCAGGACUAUGAAACAUUGGCACAGUUAUUCAAACAGGAGCGGUUGCAUGCCAUGGAAAUGUGGCAGAAAGCAGCGCAAGAGGCGGUCCAAUUCCAGGAGCUCUACCACAAGGCUUUCAGUGACGGACAGCAGGCGGAUUCCAUGACACAGAAGUUGAAGAAUCAGCUCGUUGAAUUCAUACGCCAGUCGUGCAAACUGAAAGAGAUCAAUCGGGAAGUGCAACUGGUCAACAAGCACCUCCAGAUGGCCGAGAAAGAGCAGAAUGACGAAAUAGAGGAGCUACACAGCCAACUUAGAAAGACUAAUUAUGAUCUGCGAACUGCCACAGACAAAAUGGACGAAAUGACCGAACAACUGGAAUGUCUUGAGCUUCAGCUAAAAAGAAAAGAGGAUGAGGUAGUAGAGGCUCAGUCCCGUGGGGAAAAACAAGUCCAACAGCUUCAGUCGAUCAUCAGCCAGCAAGAAGAAAAACUGAAAGCUGUGUCAGAAAAUGCUUUUGAAGAACAAACUGUCUUGGAGACAAAGAACUGUCACAAACAUGUGGUCAAGACCCUACUGAGAGAGAUGCAAAAGACAAUGGCUAUGGAGAACAAAGAUAAGGCCAUACAACAGUUCAUCCAGGAAGCUGCUGUUCGUGCCAGGAAGGAGAUAGAUAAUGUACGUGAGCAGUGCAAUGUUGAAAUCCAACAAAUAGUAGACGAGGUGUCCCAUUUGCAAAUGGAAUGUGCAAUGAAAGAGUCUCAGAUUGAGAGAUGCAAGCAUGAGAAAAAAGCUCUUGAGAAGGAAUUGGAGAAGGUGACGAAGUACCGGGCAGAACAAGACCUUGAAAAAAUUAUUGCCCUUCACCUGAGGUGUCUAAAUGCAGAAAGGACACGAGACGACAUGAGCGCCACUCUGAAAAGCACACAAAGCAACAUAAAGAAGUUUGAAUCUGAGUGCAAAGAAGAGUUGUGCCGCAGCCAAGCGGAAAUACAGUGUCUACAGAGCAGUUUGGCUGCCGCUUGGAAGGACUGCGACAUUAUCAGUGAGGAGCGAAUCCAGCUGCAACAGGAGAAUCUGGAGCUUCAGAGGGAGAUGAAUGAGCUGCAGAAAAGUACCAUACUGAUUCAAAAUCAGGCAAAAAAUCGGAUAUUGGAGGUAGAGCAAGAGUGCAAGUUAAAGGAGCAGACAUUUAACACAAAAAUGAUGGCACUGGAGGAGAGAAGCCAUAACUUGAAUGCUGAUCGGAUGAACCUCCUCACAGCACAUCAGAAAAGCAUUCAACGCUCAAAGGAUGAGACCACAGACAUGACAAACGCCUUUGAAGCCAGGAUACAACAGCUUACGAUGGAGAUGAAUCAACACAAACAGAGAUUACAUGAUGUAGAACUGCAGCUCAGAAAUAAUCAAGACACUAUAACUGAGUAUGGGAGUCAGUUAGCAGAGUAUCAAGAAAAAUACAUUUGCCUCCAGAGACGAGUGUCCGAUGCUGAGCAAAGGGCUGCCAUUGCUACACAACAACUGUCGGUCUUGACAUCCCGUCGAAGGAGCAGCUUUGAGGCUGCGUAAUGAAGACUGUUCACUAUAAAUGUUGUAUUGUUUUUCUUGUAUGCUGCUGUAAAACUAAUUUUCCCAUGUGAAGCCACAUGGGAA